CUCCUCUCUCCCCCUUCUUUCCCUCUCUUUUUACUUUUCUGCCACCAUCACUCCUCAUUCAUUCCGUUUCCUCAUUCAUACACGCGACAUCGACCGCCACUGUAAGCAUCGAGCUGCAAAACUCUAGGACCUUGCGCCUUUCAGGUCCAGUAGGAUACAAUUGAUUGAAAAAGCAAUUGGGGCAAUAUAAAUUCGUACUGUACCACCAACAACCAAUUGGACUUCCGUUGACGGUCAACUAAGGACAAGGACAGGAACCCAAACACCUACCUCAACGUAUGCAAUUGACCACGACAGCGAGGGAGCAGAGGCAGCGAAGGUGGGGUGCAGCCUCCGAUAAACCAUUGACAGCCUUCUCAAGAGCCAUAUCCGUCCUUGAGAUCCUGGAGCGCAUCCUCUCCUUCCUACCUCAACAGUGCAUCCGUCAAGUCGCCUCUCUCGUCUGCAAGGACUGGUAUGCUCUCUGCCGACCCUUGCUUGUCCACCAGUUCACAUGGACAGACGCUCCGGCCGUCGCGGUCGUCACUCUUCCUGCACCCCCUGAGUCACUCACAGACCAAAACCAUAAUCCGUCUCGGGCACGAAGAUGGUACAGACGCAGACGUUUAUCUUCUUCCACUGUCGAGAGAAUCGUAAGCAUCACUCCAGACCCUGCCUGGCUGACGAAUCGACUCGAGAACUUGACGACGUUGAGAUGCCGUCUCUCAUAUCGGUCCUUUGUUCUUACGGCGUCAAUGCCUCCAGAGGAAACAACUGCUACAGUCACACAGGUCACGACCACGACCAUGGAGGCAUUGCAACGCACGGCCCGCUCAGAUCUUCUUGACGCUGUUCAGCGACUUACCACAGCUAGGAAACUGUCCUUGUUAGAGCUAGAGAUAGAGACCUUGGACGAUUUUGAGUGCUUCCUACAACCGAUGCUGCAACACACAAGUAUGCUGACCCGACUAUGGCUAAAGAAUCUCCGAAUCCAGUGGUUACCGAUUGGAUUGGUACUGGGGCAAUGCCCACGACUUGAGGAGUUACAUGUCGGGUGUGAGGCCCAUUCCAUGGGGUCGAGACUGGUCAUGACACUCUUUGCAGAGACUUAUGUCGAUAGUUCGCAAGGAGGUACAGGAGCGCAUACAGAUGGCGACUUGGACUCGGGAACAGCGCUAUCAUCGAAUAAAGGUCUGGAAACGCUUAAGCUGAAGCGUUUGCGCCUCAAGGACGUGCUGUUCAAGGAGUCGGAUCUGCGGACGAUCCUGGAUGCAGCGCCUGAUCUAUAUGAACUUAUGAUACAGACAAUGCCACCGCCAUCCACGCCAACUAUACCCAUCCAUAUGGCCAUUACAGACCAAGCACCACUUCCUGCUGACGUCCACACACCUGUCAGUACUGAAACGCGAGCGAUGGGUGACUGGAUAUCGUGCGACAGGAUGGAUUUCAUUCAGGAUAUCGGCCUGCAGUAUCCCCAGUUGACAUCGCUCCACUUCACGAGGGCCUACCACCGCUACACCGAUUCUCAGAUCCGAACGAUACUGAGCUCCUUUCCGAGAGCGUCACGAUGGUGCGUCGUCUGGCGGGAUCUUCCAGAUGGAAUCCUGCGCGACUUGAACAAUUGUGUCCAGAGUGCGUCUCGAAGGGCGCCGCGCGACAUUUACUUGGACAGCGGCACUCCGCACAUCUACACAAACCACCUGACAUCGCUCGAAAUCACGCCCUCUUCGGACUGGACACCUCGAUGGGGGAAUGCGCUGCACGAAUUCUUGUGCGAUUCGCCCUCAUUGGAGCACCUGAGGGCUGGAUCUAUCGCGUACUAUAUCGAAAAUUUGGAUCUUAACGGGGUCUUGCCGGAUCAGGAGGAAUACCAUCAGUUACUGCAGGAUGAUAGCGACGGAGUUGACGAUAGCAACCCUUCAUCGAGCACCAAGCCCUCUCCACAGAUACCAUCAUCGCGAAGAGUGUGGGCCUGCCAGAAUCUCAAGACCCUGCAUCUGGAGUUCACACGACGGAGACAUCUUCAGCACAAUAACGCUUUUCGAUCAUCUUAUGCAGAUCCCUCGGCCAGUGCGUCGUCGUCGUCGACUCAUUCGUCUACAUCAGGCAAUUUAUCCUCCAUUACGGUGCUGGAGAACUCCCCAAAGCUGUCCCGAAUUGUGUUUGGGUACAUCUCUCGAUUCUGUCCUCGAUUACAGGAUCUGUUGAUUCGAGGAUAUCGGCUGAACAUGACUCUACAGGGCGGAUUUUGUCUGUUGACAAGGUUACGCGAGUUAAAGAAGGUCGCGAUCUCGCAAUACGACUGCCAGUUUAGGAUGAGGGAUAUUCUUCCGUGGGUGACGAAGCGCCGCUCGAGUGUUACGAGGUCGCAGAGGUUGCGGUGGAGGGCCAUGUUUGCAGGAUGGUGGCCUUUGAUACACCGGAAAGAACUCAAGUGUAAUGUUCCUUCGAGCGUUGAUACAGGAGCAGAGCAAGGGGUUGAAGAUGGCGCAUGGAUAGGUUUGGGCGUUGAGAGACUAGGACAGUUGUCAGAUGUGGUGGACGUGCUUAGGAACUUGACCACGAUAUCUCCAUCGUUAUCCUCAUCGUCGCCCCAAUCACGAUCUUCCGGCCAACAGGAUCUGUGGACUGACCAGUCUGAUUAUGUGUGGCCGAGUCUGGAGUGUGUGAGGAUCGUGUAUGGGAACAGAAUAUCGUUGGAGAGGAGGGGCGACUUCAUCAGGGAUCUGUUAAAGACUCAUCGCCCUGAGGUAGAGUUCCAAUGGGUGUCGUGGCUCCACCAGUACUGCUAGAUCAGCAGUCGCCUACUAGGAAUAAAUGGCUAAUUGAUUAACAGACCAGUUACGAAGCAGUAGCUAUCCAUUCAUUGGUGUCGAUGCCCCUGGAUCGCUGUUUCGACUCGAGGGUUCAUAACGAGAUACUGCCAGUUUCAGGGUCGAAAGGCAAGGUGAUUCCAUCGGCUGAGUGUUAGAUUCACUGAUGUCAUGUAUCAUGAACAUAGAUUGCAG